CUGACAACUCACCUGCUGUCACAGUUAAAACGUCAAGGAAAGAAUUCAUAAUUUUAUUUUGCCAUUUGCAUCUAACAAAAAGCCGUCUUACGGGGGUUUGUAGAAAUGGGUAUAUGCAAAUGUUUCCUUCGUUCAGUAAUCAUCAGUGUAAUUGCUGUACUACUAAUAGUACUAAUUCCUAAUCUUCCACCCUAUGCGGAUAUAACAAAAUCUUUUAGUUUACCCAAAAUUCGACCUUUAGAUGGACCACUAGCUAUUAAUGAAAUUUUAAAAGAUACAGAAAUAUGGCACAAGGGGAAACUUAUGAGCCCAGAAGCAUUUGCUGAAUACAAUGGAGAGUUAUAUACUACUUUACAUGGCGGUGUCAUAGCCAAACUAGUUGAUAACCAAAUUAUUGCUGUAGGUAAAACUGGAAAACCAUGUAAAUUUUUUUAUGAAGAAAAAAUAUGUGGAAGGCCUCUUGGUCUAAGAUUUGACGAAAAUGGUAUCUUGUAUGUGGCCGACCCUUAUUAUGGAAUUUUGAAGUUCAAUUUUAAAAAAGACCAAAAAGAUGUGAUUGUAUCGCCCAAUGAAAUAAUAAAUGGAAAAAAACCUAAACUGUUUAAUAGUCUAGCUGUAGCAAGAAAUGGAGACCUAUUUUGGAGUGAUUCCUCUACUCAAUUUUAUUUGCAAGAUCUUGUAUAUGAUGCUCUGUCAGAUCCAACUGGAAGAUUGGUCCAUUAUGAUGCCAAAACUAAGAAAAACACUGUUCUAAUUGAUAAUCUUCAUUUUGCUAAUGGUGUAAUUCUGUCAAAAGAUGAAGAUUUUGUACUAGUAGUUGAAACAUUCUACAGUAGAAUUCACAGAUACUAUUUAAAAGGGCCCAAGAAAGGAACUCAUGAUAUAUUUGUUGAUGGUUUACCUGGUAUGCCUGAUAAUCUUCAAUCAGAUGGCAAAGAUGGAUUUUUAGCACCAUUGGUUGAAGCAAUUGAUGAAGAGCAUCCAACUCUGAUACAAAUUUUGUUUGAAUUCCCAAAUGUCAGAAAGUUUUUAGCAAGAAUUAUGGGUAUCGGUGAGCUUACCAUUCAAACAGCAGAAAAUUACUACUCCACAGAAUUCGCAAAGAAAGCCAUACAUUUUAUUGGACACUACCGCUCUGUGUCUCCUUUAACAACACAUCCACGUCAAACAAUUGUACAUUUGUCCAAAAACGGAGAAAUUUUGGAGUCAUUUACUACUACAGACAAAAAACUGAGGUUUAUAUCUGAUGCUUUUAUAUUCAAGGAUCAAUUAUACCUAGGGUCCCCCAUAAACGAUUACAUUGGUAGAAUUCCUCUGGCAAAACUGAGUUGGGAACAACCAAAAGUUAAACGUUCUGCACCAGAACCCAAAGUAGAAGUCAAACAAGAACAACCUAAGCAAACUACCACACCAUCUCCAAAACUGACUACACCACCACCCAAACAACAAACACCUCCUCCUAAAGCUACUACUCCCCCACCCAAACAACAAACGCCGCCAUCUCCUAAGGCAACUACUCCUUCGCCAAAACAACAAACGCCGCCUCCACCAACACCAACCACACCCCCACCAACACCAACCACACCCCCACCAAAACAACAAACUCCUCCACCAAAACAGCAGACCCCUCCUCCACCAAAACACCAGACCCCUCCUCCACCAAAACAGCAGACCCCUCCACCACCAAAACAGCAAACCCCUCCACCACCAAAACAGCAGACCCCUCCACCACUAAAACAGCAAACCCCUCCACCACCAAAACAGCAGACCCCUCCUCCACCAAAACAGCAGACCCCUCCUCCACCAAAACAGCAGACCCCUCCUCCACCAAAGGUAACUACUCCACCUCCUGCCAAACAACAAACUCAGCCUCCUUCUAAAACGACCUCUUCACCUUCAAAAGAAGCUACAGGUGGGAAACAAAAAGAACCUAGGGCUAAAAAUGAGCUAUAAUAAUUUUUUUAAUUUGAAUUUAAAAGGUUGUGGAGUAAUGUUAUUUUUGUUUAUUGAAGAAAUUAUGUUAAUUUUGUUGAGCUUGUAGAAGUUCAGGUAGGUUUUGUUUUUGAACAUUUAAAUGCUAAAAAAUUAAUCAGGCUACUUCAUGCUAAGUUAAGAGAAGUACUAAGCUAGACUCGUAUAUAUUUUUAUAUGACAUUUUUCAAAUAGAAGUAGCUCAAAUAGAUUUCCUUAAAUAAAAAUUUAUGUGUUAUAGAAUAACGUAACAUAUUUUUGUCAUUUUGACAGCUUACAUUUUUUUUGUGCUUCACCUAAGAAUCAGUUCAAACACUUCUAAAAGACUUUAUAUUGUUCAAGGUAUACUUUAAUACUGGCAAAAGAUAUAAUUUUUCUUUCAGAAUAAUUAAGUAGUACAUAAAAUAAAUAUACAUUUAUAAUUUUAUACAUAUAAUUUUAUAAUAUAUAUUAAUGCGUAAUUGUUCAAUAUUUCAAAUAAAACAUAUGGAUUCAAAAAAUAUUUUUAGCUAUACAGAGUGUUGUGUUUUUGCCUGGCAAAUAAAAAUGUAUUUUAUUUCAGUUUUAUAAUGGUUUAGUAAUUUUGUAUUCAACCCUAGAUUUUUUUACAAAAUAUUACUGGGUUGCCAAGUAAUUAAUUUUGUUACGAAAUUAAAGAAUGAUGCAGACUCCAAAUUAAAUUAUCAUAAUUUAGGUAGAUUUACAGUGUUAUCAAAAUUGUUUAAAAUACAGACUUAUAAUAUAUUGAACUAACGAUUAGUGGUGAUAGAACUGGAUUAUUUUAUACAGAGUGUUUUGAAACAUCUCUUAAAUAUGGCUAAUUUUUAGUUAAAUUUUUUCAAAUGCAACACCCUGUAUAUUAUUUUAGCAUAAAAUUCUUUAUAAAUUUACCUAUGCAAGAUACCAACAUAUUAGCUAAUAACACAUACACACGUCCCACCAGUGCGGUAUAGAUUGAUAAAGAGCUGUUUUAGUAUUGGAUAUUUGAAAAAAAAAAUAUAAAAUAUGAAUUACCAUAUUUACCAAUUAUUCUUAAAGAUACAGGGUGGUCCAUAAACGAGGGACCUAAGAAAUUAUACUUUUUUAAAGCAAAACACCCUCCAUAUUUGAUUGUUUUCACAUCUUCAAACAAUUUUACUAGUCUUUAUUCAUUUGCUAUGUUGUACAUAGGGUGUGUCAAAAUCCGAGGUUAUAAUUUUUUUAAUGAAACACCCUGUAUGUUAUACCAUCAAUUAAUUAAUACAGGGUAUUUCAUUUAAAAAAUUGUGAAAAUCAUAACCUGGCGUUUUGGCAGACCCUUUAACAACAAAUGAAUGAAGUCAAUUAAAAUUGUUUGACAAUGUGAAAACAAUCAAAUAGGUAAAACUAUCUGCAGGGUGUUUUGCUUUAAAAAAGUAUAGGUUUUGUCAGUACCUCGUGUAUGGACCACCCUGUAUAUUUAAGAAUAAUAAAAUUGUUAAAUAUAUUAAAAAUGUCUUCGUAUUUCCAAUAAUAAAACAGCUAUUGAUCAAUGACGCACUGAUGGGACACCCUGUAUAUGUGUUACUAGCUAUUAGGUUGGUAUAGUGAGAUAUGUAAAUUUAUAAGGAAUUUUAUACUAAAAUAAUAUACAGGGUGUUGCAUUUGAGAAAAUUGAACUUGAAAUUAGCCAUAUUUAAGACAUAAAACGCUUUAUAUAAAAUAAACCAGUUCUAUCUCCACUAUUCGUUAGCUUAGUAUCUUAUAACUGUAUGUUAAACAAUUUUGAAAUCAAUGUAAACCUACCUAAAUUAUGAUAAUUUCAUUUGGAGUCUGCAUCUUUCAUAACAAAAUAAUUAUUUAAUUAAACCAUGUGUUGUUUUUUAAAAACAGUAUUACCAUACCAUUCUAAAAAUGAAAUAAAAUACAGGAUGUUCUAUUUAAAAAAUAUACAUUUUUAUUUACCAGGCAAAAACGCAACACCCUGUAUCCAAAAAUAUUUUUAAAACAUGUAUUUUUCAAAUCCAUAUAAUUUUUAUUUGAAACUUGUUUGCGUGUCUAUAACAUAAAUUGAAAUAUUGAACAAUUACGCUCUAAUGGGACAUCCUGUAUACAUUAAAACAUUCAGUUAAUAAUGUAUUAUUUUAAAAAUACGAUGUUUGCAUAAUAUUGGUUGUUUUUUGUUUUUGAUUAGUUUAUUAAGUUGCUUAUAUAUGAAUCUUUUAUUACAGUUCUGAUUAUUUCUAAGAAAUAUAUUUAUACCUCAAAAGAUCUGUCAAAUCUUGCAUUUAGUUUCAUUCCAAUAGUUCAUAGGUACAAAUUUCCAACUAAGUUUAAAAUUAAAUAAUUUUUAUCCAUUUAGUAUCUCCAGAAAGUAAUCAAAUAAGUCUGACUUUAAAACAUAUAUUAUUAUUUUUUCGAAUAGAUCUAGUCAAAUUAUUCUAUUCGUCUUAUUUUCAAAUAAUUUUUUACCUUGAGGUAUUGAAUGGAUUUUUAUAUGUAUGAAAGCUAGAAAAUGAGUGCCAAUGUCAUCAAUCAUAUCACUUCUUAAAAAUUGCUCAUUAUAUAAAUAAAUCAUGGUACACUUUUAUUUAAAAAAGCUACUUCACUUAAAUGGUAAAUAUCCUGCCAGGGGGUCGAUUUUACUUUAGAAGAUGAACGUUGUAUAGCCUAUUCGCAACUUGUGUCUGAUUCAAAUCGAUCAUGUCAUUGAUUAUACUGAAUGGUCCAAAAGACAUUUUUUUAAAGAUUUGUUUUAAUUAAAAAUAUCUGUUUUCACAUUGGUUAAAUAUUGGAAAGUUAUGAUAGUCAUCUAUAACGAUCUAAACUAUUAUGAUUUAUUAUUGAGCUUUAUUGAUGUUAUAAAAAUACAUAAUUUAAAAAGCAAUAACUACAAUAAUUAUUCUAUCUUUUGUUUAACAUUCCAACCUGUGAUUUGUUUUUGUGUGAUACUGAUAACUUUACUACAAAUCAUUCCUGUUUUAUAUAAUCCAAAGAUGUUUCAUGUAUACUGUCAUUACUUUUCAAAUAUUUCUUUUUUAAAAAAUUAUAUUUUUUUUCUUUCGAAACACAAACUUGUUUCAUGUUUUGGUGCCUACUGUUGUUUUUCGACCCUUAACUUGACAAUCUGUUUUUAUAUUUUUUAUUUCAAAGAGAUAUCGCCGAAGAUUAAUGACUGCAUAGUUGAAACACCUUUUAUAAGCAAAUUCCGUGUAGUAUCGCUGUUUUUAACUAUUAUGGAUAAUAUAUUUUAUACCUGUAUACCAUUUUAAGUAGCCUCGACUUUUUCUUAUAUACCUAUACUUUAUAUUGUAUAUUUCUAAUUAUGUAAAAUAUUAAAUGGCAUCUGAAAUUCAGUGGAAUUAAUAUAUGUAACUUAGCAAGCGCAAUAAUUAUAUUCUUUUUCUCAAUCUAGUUUUUUGUUGUAGAUUUUUAAUUUAUAUGUUAAAAACUUUUAUAGAUGUUUCCACUGUCUAAAAUAUUAAAGAACAUUAAAUUUAAUAUUCAAUUCCCUCAUUUUUAAUUAUAAUCUUUUGGUAUAGGGUUGUUCGUAAUUUUUGUACUUUUUUAGAAGUUAUUGUUGAACUAUUAAAGGACAUUUUUAAUUU